AUGGGUCAAACGGAGCGGACGUUCUGGCAGAAGCAUUUCACGGCGCGGAAGUUGAUUUUCUACCUCGCUUUCCAUGGACUUCAUUGGGCGCUUUUUGCCGUUGGAUGGUGGAAGCAGCAAAGUGAUGCCCGUCUCGCGGGGUUGAACACGCUCACGUACUCGGUGUGGUUCUCGCGAGGAGCCGGGUUGGUUCUGUCGGUCGAUACGAUGAUCAUUCUGUUACCCAUGUGUCGGACGAUCCUCCGAUACGUUCGACCGAAAAUUCGAUGGCUUCCGCUAGAUGAAUCGCAAUGGUUCCAUCGGCAGGUGGCCUAUCAGCUGCUGUGGUGGACGAUGGUUCAUGUCGCCAGUCAUUACGUCAACUUCAUCAACGUAGAGAAGGCGCAGCUCCGCCCGGAACUGGCGCUGCAGAUUCAUUAUACCCAGGCGGGUGGGAUUACCGGGCAUAUCAUGCUGCUGUGCAUGCUCUUGAUGUACACUACCGCUCAUCACCGGGUACGACAGCAGUCGUAUGAGACGUUUUGGUAUGCGCAUCACCUCUUCAUCCCGUUCCUCCUGGGCAUGUAUACGCAUGCGACCGGAUGCUUCGUGCGUGACACGACGGAUCCUUAUAGCCCGUUUGCUGGUGCCAAUUUCUGGAAUCAUUGCAUUGGAUACGAGGGCUGGCGAUGGGAGUUAGUCGGGGGCGGUUUAUACCUGCUCGAGCGGAUCUACCGUGAAAUCCGCGCCCGGCAAGCGACGGAGAUCGUUAAGGUCGUCAAGCAUCCAUACGACGCCGUCGAGAUCCAAUUCCGCAAACCCUCGAUGCACUACAAACCCGGCCAAUGGCUCUUCCUCAACUGCCCUUCCAUCUCCUACUACCAAUGGCACCCCUUCACCAUCACCAGCUGCCCCGUCGACCCCUCCGGCAUGUAUGAAGUGGCCCUCCAAGCCGGGCAGACGAUGCCGCAGAUCCGCAUCGACGGCCCGUACGGCGCGCCCGCCGAGGACGUGUUCUCCAACGAGAUCGCCGUGCUCAUCGGCACCGGCAUCGGCGUCACCCCAUGGGCGUCAAUCCUCAAGAACAUCUACCACCUCCGCCAGGGCCCCAACCCGCCGCGCCGCCUCCGCCGCGUCGAGUUCAUCUGGGUGUGCAAGGACACCGCGUCCUUCGAGUGGUUCCAGGCGCUGCUCUCCAGCCUCGAGGCGCAGAGCAUGGGCGCCGCGGGCGACGGGCAGGACGACUUCCUGCGCAUCCAUACGUACCUGACGCAGCGGCUGGACGUGGACGCGGCGCAGAAUAUCGUGCUGAACAGCGUGGGGCAGGCGAAAGAUCCGCUGACGGAGCUGCGGAGUCGGACGAACUUUGGGCGGCCGGACUUUCCGCGCUUGUUGACGGGGCUAAGGGAUGGGAUUGUGGAGGGGAGUUAUAUGCGGGAUUUGGGGGGGAGGGGGCUCGAGGCGACGUUAAGGACAGAGGUGGGGGUGUAUUUCUGCGGGCCGAGCGUGGCGGCGAGGGAUAUCAAGCGGGCGUGUCAGGAGGCGGAUUGUCGGGAGGUGAAGUUUAAGUUUUGGAAGGAACAUUUCUAG